AUGGUCACAUCUGCAGAUGGUUUCGGUUGCUCCUGCGCAGAACACAGUGUACCAGCAGGUAUAGAUCGUUGCAGACCCUGUAAUGCUACUGAAGUGGUGUCUUCAGACGGCACUGCUUGUGUGCCACGAAAGUGCCAAAAUGUAUCUGGCAGGAUAGCUUGUAGGAAGUGCCCUAAUGAUUAUGUGACUGUGACCCAAAACAUCGACGGCUCUCCACUCAAAGAGGUGCAAUGCGUGAAAUGCGCGCGCGGCUACAAAGCUCAGAACAAUGUGUGCGUGCGAUGCGCGUCGUGCGCAUGCGCGAAACAUCAGAUCAUCGUCAGAGGCAUUUGUGUGCCGAAGAGCUAUGUGAACUCCAGGCCUAAGUAUGAAGAGGGCAGUUUACAUCCACUGGCGCUGCUGGAUGUUGUUAAACAUGAGUAUUUGUGUACGCAAAACGACAUUCGGGCCUGUCGGACCCUGGCCAAUGAAUGCGUGAAGAAUUUCUACUCAACAGACCCAGCCGGACCUUGCAGACUAUGGAUACAGUCUAACUUGCCUACGCCUAAAGGUUUACCACGACUUAUAGUAGAAUCAACGUUGGAGGACAAAAACCCAGGAGAGGUCUACUUAAUACGCAAGCAGCAGGACUUUUUAUUAAUAGCGACAGCUAAGUUUUCAUCUGAUGGAGGAUUUAAGUUUAUCAAAGAGUCGGAUCAACGCCUUCAGUGUCGUCUGCCCGUUCAAGUUAGAAUCGGACGAGAUUUCGCGUAA